AUGUCGAGUAUCGACAGGUACCGGCCUCCAAGAGAGGGCUACCAACCGCCCUCGCUCCCCCCGAAGCCAGUACCCGCAGCCGUCGACCGCCUCUCCAAUUCCCCCGCGAAACGGCGCGAAGUACCGCCCGCCGUCCCUUCGCCUCCCACGCUCUCCUCGAGGACGUCUCCCCCGCGGCCGCACUCGCGACGUAGCGCGCCCUCACCCGCCCAGUCGAGUCCGCCGCGAGCUCCGCUGCCACGACCAAACCAAUGGUUCUUUACAGCAGACGAGGUAGCAAGCACGCCGAGCAUAAUCGACGGCUUGCCGCCCGCCGAGGAGAGGUUGAGGAGGGCGAAGGGCGUCAACUUCAUCUAUCAAGCCGGCAUCCUGCUCGAGCUGCCGCACAUCACAUUAUGGGUCGCCGGCGUGUUCUUUCACCGGUUCUACAUGCGGUAUAGCAUGGUCGAAGAAAAAGGAGGCAUACAUCACUACAACAUCGCCGCGACUGCUCUCUUCCUCGCCAACAAGACGGAAGAGAACUGCCGCAAGACUAAGGACCUCAUCAUCGCGGUCGCCAAGGUGGCCCAAAAGAACAGCAAGCUCGUCAUCGACGAGCAAAGCAAGGAAUACUGGAAGUGGCGCGACAGCAUCUUGGCUUACGAGGAACUGAUGCUCGAGGCGCUCACCUUCGACCUGCUGGUCGACAACCCGUACACGCGACUGUACGACUACCUGUCGCAGCUGGACCUGCUGCAGAACAAGCCGCUCCGCGACUCGGCGUGGGCCUUCUGCAACGACGCGUGCCUGUCGGUGCUGCCGCUGAUGCUCAACGCGCGCGACGUGGCCAUCGCGGCCAUCUUCUUCGCCACGUGCGUCACCCGCGAGAAGAUCGACGACGUGCACGGCGAGCCCUGGUGGGCGUUCCUCCGGGGCAGCGAGACGCUCACGGUGCGCGCCGUGCAGCUCAUGACCGACUUCUACCGCGAGAACCCGCUGCGCCGGCAGGACGCCAACAAGGUGCCCGGCUCGCCCGCCUUCACCCUCGAGAGCACCCGCCGCCGCGGCGAGCUCAGCCUCAGCCAGCUGGACCUCGACUCGAGCCAGUACGGCACGCCGACCACGCCACCGGGCAGCGGCGCCUCGGGGGCUCCCGCUCCGGCUCCCGCUCCGCAUGUGAACGGCAGGACGGCGGCGGACCGCGACCGCGACGAGGCGAGGGGCGUUAGCAGGGAACCGCCCGUCCCCAUCAAGAAGGAGGAGGAGGCCGACGCGUCGUCGGCGGCCGGGAUCGGCGCCGAGCUGGCGGAGCAGGCGAGCCGGGGCGACUCGGACGCGGCGUUGAAGGCGGCGGCGAACGACUUGGCCGUGCACAGCGGCAACGCGGUGAACGGGGGUCUGGGCGGAGGGCUCGUCUCGCCCCGGAUCAGGAGGCGAAGUGUGGAGCCUGAGGAGGGAGAGGCGAGGGAGCCUAAGCGGGCGAGGCUGGAUGAGGGUGAUGAAGACGAGGGCGAGAUCAAGGGGUCAUGAUCUGUUCCUCGACGCUGGUCAGUGUCGGCCGGUGUUGCAUAGUUUUUCCUGCCUUGUUUUCGGCGCUUUUGCCAGUUUCUUCUCUUCUUCCAUUCUUGUUUUCGAAAUGGGUUUCUGACUGGGGCGGGAUGGAUGGCGUCUGUCGGCAUGGGAUUCCCGGGGCGGCGGGCACACGGCGAUGUGAUAUUUGUGGUUGACACGGCCUCUCUACCUUUUCUUCAUGGCUGCCUGACUUCUCAAGCUCAAGCGCCAUUUCAGGCAGCUAGGCGGCUUAUUUGACCGAUAUCCUGCAUUGUAUCCAUAUUCUGAGUUACCGCAGUUAUCUUGCUGAACUGCCCUCCUUCAGGGGAGCGGCUUCCGGUCCUGCUU